UCCUUCCGAGUUCGCCAUUCCCCACUUCUAUCUCCCUCCGAGGGACGACGGCCGGCGCGGCGGCGCACGGCUCUGGCGAACUGAGCUUACUAAUCGGCGGUUCUAGAAGGGAGGAUGCAGCAGAAUCCAACUGAGGCCAUCGAGAUGUGCGCGCCGGGGGAGAGCGGAGGGGCCGAGGCUGAGGUUCCCAAAGCGGUGCCGUGGCUAGGUUUCUGGCAGGCGUCGCGGCGGCGGUUGCCCCCCGACGACCCCUUCUUCUCCGCCGGCGACAUGGAGCGCGAGCUACUCGCCAAGCACGUUGCUCUGGAUCUCUCGGAUGAUGACCGGUAUCAACUUGAGAGGAUGGAUGUGGCGACUGUGAGCACUGUGUGUUGUCCAAUUGCUGGUUGUGGUGUUCAUCUAGAUUGCUUGGAGGAUUUUGAAGACCACUACAGCACUCGGCAUACUGCCUCAUGCUCUGUAUGUUCAAGAGUGUAUCCAACUUCAAGGUUGCUGAGUAUUCAUAUUUCUGAGGCACAUGAUUCCUUUUUUCAAGCAAAAGUUGCUCGUGGUUUUCUGAUGUAUGAAUGUUUGGUGGAGGGUUGCGGGGUGAAGUUGAAGAACUACAAAAGUAGGCAGCAGCAUCUUGUUGAUAAGCAUCAAUUUCCCAAGUCAUUUGAAUUCUUUAAAAGGGCACAACCUUCCCAGCGGCAUCGUCAGAAGUAUCAUCGGAGGCAAACUGUUCACAAGGAAGAAGAGGCAAGGGACUCUUUGAUGGAUGUUGAUGGAAAUAGCCCAAGGCAGAUGAAAUGGAAACAUCGACCUAAACAGCACAAUCAUAAGGAGCCGAAAGAACAUGAACUUCAGAAGGAGGCUGAGGAGAAUAAGAUGGAGGUUGAGCAAAAGAUUGACGAGCUUACCUCAGCUGUAUCAAAGCUGAGCACUGCCGAUUCCACGCCUUCGAGCAUAACGUUUGGCCAUCGCCGUUCUCGUGGCCUUACCUUUGUCCCAAGGUCUAUUAGGCAGAACAAGCAGGUCUCUAAUCCAGAAGCAAAAUGACAAAACUUGCUGUUACACUAAAUUACUGUGACAAAUCUGCCGAUGUGGCAUUUCUGUGUGCUCAUAAUUGAUUGUGGACUUUCCUUGUACCUGGACGUUCAAAAUUCCCACUAAUAUACUUGUGUCACGACAGAGGUGCUUCC